GUGUGGCUUAGUGACAGCCGAUCACGUGAGUCGGAGGGAGGGGAGCGCGGUGACGUCAUGCGUCGCAGAGCGGAGGAGGAGGCGGAGAGGAGGAGGAGGAGGGAGUUGUGUAAUCUCAUCACGCUGGACGUCGCACACAAUCAGCUAGAACACCUUCCGAAAGAGAUCGGCAACUGCACCCAGAUCACCAACCUGGACCUGCAGCACAAUGAGCUCCUGGACCUACCCGAGACAAUAGGAAAUCUUUCCAGCCUGAACCGCCUUGGGCUGCGAUACAACAGGUUAUCGGCAAUACCGCGGUCCUUAGCGAAAUGCAGCGAGCUGGACGAGCUGAACCUGGAGAACAACAAUAUAUCCACUUUACCAGAGGGCCUCCUCUCCAGCCUAGUGAAAGUGACCAGCCUCACCCUGGCCAGGAACUGUUUCCAGUCUUACCCCGUGGGGGGUCCCUCCCAGUUUUCCACUAUUUACUCCCUCAAUAUGGAGCAUAAUCGCAUCAAUAAAAUCCCGUUUGGAAUUUUCUCCAGAGCUAAAGUAUUAAGUAAGCUGAACAUGAAGGACAAUCAGCUGACGUCUCUACCCCUGGACUUUGGGACGUGGACAAGUAUGGUAGAGCUGAACCUGGCUACUAACCAGCUGACCAAGAUCCCAGAGGACGUGUCCGGCCUGGUCUCUAUUGAGGUCUUAAUCCUGUCAAACAAUCUGCUUAAGAAGCUUCCGCACGGUAUCGGAAAUCUGCGCAAACUGCGGGAGCUGGAUCUGGAGGAAAACAAACUGGAGUCACUGCCCAAUGAGAUUGCCUAUCUGAAAGACCUGCAGAAAUUGGUUCUCACAAACAACCAGCUGACAACUUUGCCGAGAGGAAUCGGUCACCUAAUAAACCUGACGCACCUGGGACUCGGGGAAAAUCUCCUGACGCAUCUUCCAGAGGAAAUUGGUACAUUGGAGAACCUCGAGGAGCUGUAUCUGAACGACAACCCCAAUUUACACGGCCUGCCCUUCGAGCUGGCGCUGUGCAGCAAGCUGUCAAUCAUGAGUAUCGAGAACUGUCCCCUCAGCCACCUCCCCCCGCAGAUCGUGGCCGGGGGUCCCUCCUUCAUCAUUCAGUUCCUGAAAAUGCAAGGUCCUUAUCGUGCCAUGGUCUGAUAAUGCAAGCCCCCCCACCCCUCCCCCACGUCCCAUACACUGUACAAACCGCAUUCUUGUCGUGUCAAUGUAUAUAUCUAUAUACCCCGGGACAAGGCCGGACGAUAUAGAUAUAUAGGUUUAUAUAUAAAUAUAUAUAUAAAUGAAAUAUGUAUAUGUAAUGAAAAAAAAGGCAAAUUUAAUAAGACUGCAUUAUGUGUUUUUGCUAAUAGAGGAAUCAUAGCCAUUUAGAUUUUUUUUUAUUAUGUAAGAAAAAUUCAAUUUGCUUGUCCGAAUUUUUUUAUUUUUUUUUCCCUUUGCUGAAUUUGGUGUAUUUUUUGUAUAUGUAUAUAUAUAUACUGUAUAUUUUUCUUAUUUUUUUCUUAUUUUUUUCUUUUUUUUUUCUUUUUUAAAUUUAAGGUCAUUGUUAUCUGAAUUUCCAGCACGGUUUUUGAGUCGCUGAUAGUAAUGUUUUAUUUUAUUUUAUUUUUUUAUUUUUUUUGUUGUUUUUUUGGACAGUUAUCACAGUUUCUGUUCCUUUGUUACUAUUGGAGCCCAAUUUAUCAUAUGGUGUUAAAACAAAACAAAAAAAAUUCAAAAAUUGCAACAAACGAUGAAUUCAGAGUAAAUCUUUUAUUUUUAUUUUUUAUUUUUUUUAUUUUUAUUUUUUUCUCCCCCCUUUCUGGUCAGUCACCUUUACGAACCUGUAUCUGCUUCUGAGUUAUAUCGGCUUUAACUUAUUAUAUCAUUUUAAUGUUUACAGUCGGGGUGAAUCACUGUAUUAUUUGAGCACAAUUUGCUUAUUUUUUUUAUUUUUUUUUGAUAAUUAUUAUAAUAUUUUUUUUUAUAUUAUUAUUGCUUUCUGUGGAAUCUGCUCAGUUUGACGGUCUGUGCUUUUUACUUUAUCAUAUGCAGUCUGGAUUUUGAAACUGAAACCCCGCCCCCUCUACAAUGCCCCUCCCUCUCCUUUUGUAAAAACGCAUCACAUAUCGCAGUUUGGCGCGCACCCACCAUACAUAUCAAAUACAUAAACAUCUUCAUUAUAGAUUUGUACCUGUUAGUUUUUAGGGGUACUGUCCCCUUUAAGAAAUAUGGAGAUUUUUUUUUUUUUUUUUUUUAAAUGGAGGAGGGCUAGGGCAGA